AUGAAGCUAACCAUAGGCUUUCUAUUGUUUUGUGUUUUUUACGCAGAAGCCACUACCAAGAAGAACUGUGGUACCACGGAUGGAGACCUGGAAGCAGCCCCGCCGUAUGGGAUCUUGGCACAAGGACUGGAGAUGGUACUGGUUAAGCUCGAGCAGAUGGACCGUAAGAUGCUGGAGCUUCACUACAGUCUGAACGAACAUCGAGAAGAGGUAGAACGGAUCCGUGCCUCCCAUGAAAAGACGUUCGGUGAUUUGCUGUGGGUCAUACAUCGCCUCGACGAUAGCGUAACGAAGGAUGUUGGCCGCAACAUGAGUCUGCUCCAGGAUCAAUCUCUGUUGAUUCUAGCACAGCAAAACGCAUGCACCAGCCACGAGCAGUUUCGUGAAAAAUGGUUUAACUUCACGACGGAGAACAACGGAGGUCAAGGAUCGGUUCAACCACAGGAAGGGACGAGGAUCUCCCUUUCCGCGUUGUAUAAGUCACUGAUGCCAGACUGUGUUACAUCAACAGUAGCUCCACCUGACCGAGAAAGUACCACGUCGGCAACAACGUCUACAGCGCCUCCUACAACAACUACAACAACGAAGCCAAAACUACCUCUUUUUACAUGUAGGAACGUAAUGUCCAAUGUGUCGGGAGUGUAUCUUAUCAGUGUUAAUAACGAUAGUACCCCGUUUAAAGUGUAUUGUGAGAUGGAGAAGUUUGAAGGUGGCUGGAUCGUAGUUCAACAUCGCUUCGACGGUUCGGUUGAUUUUUAUCGCAAUUGGAACGAAUACCGUGAGGGAUUUGGUCAGUUGGACAGCGAAUUCUGGCUCGGGCUGGAGCGGAUGCAUCAACUCACGACAGCUCGCAAGCACGAAUUAGUUGUCGAGAUGAAGGACUUUGAGGGUAACUACGGGUACACCCGUUACAGUUCAUUUCAAGUAGCUAGCGAGAGUAAGCAGUACGAACUUACGGUGGGAUCGCACAGUGGCACUGCUGGUGAUGGAUGGGCGUCGUACCACAAUGGGACGAAAUUUUCAACUAAGGAUCGCGAUAAUGAUGAGAAUUACGGUACUCAUCAUGCUGUUUCAUACGAAGGCGGCUGGUGGUACGGUUCUGGUGGCGGCUACUCGAACUUGAACGGACCUUACCGGAAUGAUAACGAUGGUAAAGCAAUUUGGUGGAAUUACUUCAAAAAUGACAUUCGAGGAUUGAGCUUCACCAGAAUGAUGAUUCGCGAAAUGCAAUAAUGUUUGUGGUGACUCUC